AUUGUUGAUAUGGAAUAUACCCACAGCAGUCACAGCUAGGGUCACACAGCCAGACACAGCAUCUGAACAAAUUUCUUCUAGUUGGAUGAUAAUUCAAAAUCUAGAAUUCAGCUGAUAUAGUAGACAAGUACAUUAACAGAUUAUGGGUUCCAUUAUUGGUGUACUGAAAAACAUUUUAUGCAGGAUGUUACAGUUGCUUUCCUUUGGCAAAAAAACAAUUACCAAUUCCUUGAGUGUGUAUGUGAAAAUCAGUGGAGGGAGAACAGUAGCUGUUGAUCUGGACCCUACAUGGGAUAUUAAAAAUGUCAAGGAAGUAGUAGCACCUAGAUUAGGACUAGAACCAAAUGAAGUGAAAAUAAUUUUUGCUGGAAAAGAACUGGGUGACAAGAUUAAAAUUUCAGAGUGUGAUCUUGGCCAACAAAGUAUUUUGCAUGCUGUGAAAGUUCGAGGAAGACUCAGAACUACAUUGCCUCCACCAAGCACUAGUCUCAUUGAAGAUAUUGAUGAACAAGCCAGUAAACCCUUAUCUGAAACACUGAAUGACACCAUGUUUUCAAAUGAAGACAGCUCAAAGAGUAGUUCAAAUAUUGAUGAUGGCAGUACAAACUCAGGGGAAGGCACAAAUAGAACCAAUGUACAUUUUUAUGUAUUUUGUCCCACUUGCAAGGCUUUGAAAACCGGAAAACUUCGAGUGAGAUGCCACUUUUGUAAAAGUGGCGCUUUCACUGUACAUUCUGAUCCCCAGAGUUGGAAUGAUGUGUUGGAACCAAAGCAGAUCACAGGACUAUGUGAAAAUGGUUCUGAAUUAUGUGCAGAUAUUCUCAAUAAUAAAGAACCAACUUUCGCAGAAUUCUAUUUCAAAUGUUCAGAACAUACAUCUCUAGGUGAGCAAGAUCAAGCUGUUCCACUAUAUCUCAUCAGGCCAAAUUUACGUGAUGUGCCAUGUUUAGCUUGUACAGAUGUGAGUGAUCCAGUAGUAGUGUUUCCAUGCACUGAAGGACAUGUGACUUGCUUGGAUUGCUUCAGGCAAUACUGCAUAACCAGACUGACGGAAAGGCAGUUUUGGCAACACCCUGAAUAUGGUUACACUUUGGCCUGUCCUGCUGGCUGUCCGGAUUCUUUCAUAAAAGAAAUUCAUCAUUUCCGGUUACUUAAUGAUACCCAAUAUGCUCAAUAUCAACGUUUCGGAACUGAGGAAUUUGUUCUGCGAUCUGGAGGUGUUCUCUGCCCACAACCUGGCUGUGGAAUGGGUAUUUUGAUUGAUGAAGGAUGUGUGAAGGUAGCUUGCAUCAAUGGUUGUGGGUAUGUCUUCUGCCGUCUUUGCCUCCAAGGCUAUCACGUUGGUGAAUGUCGAAGUGCAGACACCGAAAUUGGCGCGAAUGCGGAAGCCUGUUCGUACAACGUGGAUCCCGCCAAGGCCUCCGAGGCUAGGUGGGACGAGGCUUCGAAAGUGGCGAUAAAAGUGCUGACGAAGCCUUGCCCGAUGUGCCGAACACCCACUGAAAGAGAUGGAGGAUGCAUGCAUAUGGUAUGUACACGAGCAGGAUGUAAUUUUCACUGGUGCUGGGUGUGUCAAACGCCUUGGACAAGAGAAUGUAUGGGGAACCAUUGGUUUGGCUAGUGAUUUUCAAUUUCUUCAGAUAAUCAAUUGAUUUGAAAAAAAGUCAUGUAUAUAUUUUUUAAGAGGAACGGGUACGGAAGAAAUACUUCACGCUUUUUAUUGAAGAAUACUACUAUAAGUAGUCAUGUAAGAAAAGACACAAAAUUCAGUCGACAACAAUC